CGCGCCGGAGUGGAGGGCCCCUCACUGCCGGAAGCGGAAAUAGCUCCCGGUGCCGCCUCUGUAACCUUAACUGCCACCGCGAUGCCGAAAGGGCCUAAGCUGCAGCCGCCGGAGCCCGAGUGGAUCGGGGACGGAGAGAGCACGAGCCCCUCAGACAAAGUCGUGAAGAAAGGGAAGAAGGACAAGAAGACCAAAAAGACGUUCUUCGAAGAGCUGGCAGUAGAAGAUAAGCAGGUUGAGGAGGAAGAGAAAGUGCCCAAGGAGAAGGAGCAGCAACAGCAGCAGCAGCAGCAGCCAAAAAAGAAACGAGACACCCGAAAAGGCCGACGGAAGAAGGAUGUGGAUGAUGAUGGAGAGGAGAAGGAGCUCCUGGAGCGAUUUAAGAAGCUUUCAGUGCCAGCCAGCGAUGAGGAGGAUGAAGUUCCUGUCCGGGUACCCCGAGGAGGGAAGAAAACCAAGGGUAAUGUUUUUGCAGCCCUGAUUCAGGAUCAGAGUGAGGAAGAGAAGGAGGAAGAUGAACAUCCUCCUAAGCCUGCCAAGCCAGAGAAGAAUCGGAUCAAUAAGGCUGUGUCUGAGGACCAGCAGCCCAAGGGCAAAAAGGGAAAGGAAGAGAAGUCAAAGGGGAAUGCCAAGCCUCAAAAUAAAUUUGCUGCUCUGGACGAUGAAGAGGAGGAGGAAGAAGAGGAAAUAAUAAAAGAAAAGGAGCCACCCAAACAAGGGAAGGAGAAGGCCAAGAAGGCAGAGCAGGGUUCAGAGGAGGAAGGAGAAGAAGAAGGGGAGUCUAAGGCUAAUGAUCCCUAUGCUCACCUUAGCAAAAAGGAGAAGAAGAAGCUAAAGAAACAAAUGGAGUAUGAGCGCCAGGUAGCUUCAUUAAAAGCAGCCAAUGCUGCUGAAAAUGAUUUCUCUGUGUCUCAAGCGGAGGUGUCCUCCCGCCAAGCCAUGUUAGAAAAUGCAUCUGACAUCAAGCUGGAGAAGUUCAGCAUCUCAGCCCAUGGCAAGGAGUUAUUUGUCAACGCAGACCUGUACAUUGUAGCCGGCCGCCGCUACGGGCUUGUGGGACCCAACGGCAAGGGCAAGACCACUCUCCUCAAGCAUAUCGCCAACCGAACCUUGAGCAUCCCUCCGAACAUCGACGUUCUGCUAUGUGAGCAGGAGGUCGUGGCGGAUGAGACACCAGCUGUGCAGGCUGUUCUCCGAGCCGACACCAAGAGACUGAAGCUGCUGGAAGAGGAGCGACGGCUUCAGGGCCUGCUGGAGCAGGGGGAUGACACUGCUGCUGAGAGGCUGGAGAAGGUAUAUGAGGAGUUGCGGGCUACUGGGGCAGCAGCUGCAGAGGCCAAAGCCAGACGGAUCCUGGCUGGUCUGGGCUUUGACCCUGAAAUGCAGAACCGGCCGACACAGAAGUUCUCAGGGGGCUGGCGCAUGCGUGUCUCCCUGGCCAGGGCACUGUUCAUGGAGCCCACGCUGCUGAUGUUGGAUGAGCCCACUAAUCAUCUGGACCUCAAUGCUGUCAUCUGGCUCAAUAACUACCUCCAGGGCUGGCGGAAGACGUUACUCAUCGUCUCUCAUGACCAGGGCUUCCUGGAUGAUGUGUGCACUGAUAUAAUCCAUCUUGAUGCCCAGCGACUCCAUUACUAUAGGGGCAAUUAUAUGACCUUCAAGAAGAUGUACCAGCAAAAGCAGAAGGAACUGCUGAAGCAGUAUGAAAAGCAGGAGAAAAAGCUAAAGGAGCUAAAGGCAGGUGGCAAAUCCACCAAGCAAGCGGAGAAGCAAACAAAGGAAGCCCUGACUCGAAAGCAGCAGAAAUGCCGACGGAAAAACCAGGAUGAGGAAUCUCAGGAGGCCCCCGAGCUUCUGAAGCGCCCCAAGGAGUACACUGUGCGCUUCACUUUUCCCAACCCCCCACCACUCAGCCCUCCGGUGCUGGGUCUGCAUGGUGUGACAUUUGGCUAUGAGAGCCAGAAACCACUCUUUAAGAAUCUGGAUUUUGGCAUCGACAUGGACUCAAGGAUCUGUAUCGUUGGCCCUAAUGGCGUAGGGAAGAGCACCCUGCUUCUGCUGCUGACCGGCAAGCUGACACCGACUUGUGGGGAAAUGAGAAAGAACCACCGGUUGAAAAUUGGCUUCUUCAACCAGCAGUAUGCAGAGCAGCUGCGCAUGGAGGAGACGCCCACUGAGUACCUGCAGCGGGGCUUCAACUUGCCCUACCAGGAUGCCCGGAAGUGCUUGGGCCGCUUUGGCCUUGAGAGUCACGCCCACACCAUCCAGAUCUGCAAACUUUCUGGUGGGCAGAAAGCCCGAGUUGUGUUUGCAGAGCUGGCCUGUCGGGAGCCUGAUGUCCUCAUCUUGGACGAGCCCACCAAUAACUUGGACAUCGAGUCAAUCGAUGCUCUGGGGGAGGCCAUCAAUGAAUACAAGGGUGCUGUCAUCGUCGUCAGCCACGAUGCCCGACUCAUCACAGAAACCAACUGCCAGCUGUGGGUGGUGGAGGAGCAGAGUGUUAGCCAGAUUGACGGUGACUUUGAGGACUACAAGCGGGAGGUGUUGGAGGCCCUGGGUGAAGUCGUGGUCAGCCGAUCCCGAGAGUGAGCUGUCCUUCCUGGAAGCCCCGGAAUAUAAGCUUGUGUGGCCUGGAAGUCCCCUGUUGUCUCCCUCUCUCCACUUGGAAGCCUGCCUCUCAUCUGCAGCCAACCCAGCAACCACUCAGACACAUGAAGGCAGAGCAUGGUCUUGAUGUGUCCAGGAUUCCACUUCAAUUUCUUCCUUUUCUCUGGAAAACUUGUCUCUUCUGCUUUCUUUAGACAACUGAGCUGGCCUUAUCCUUGACAUCCCUCUCUUCAAACAGAGGUGUUUCUUGGGGGGGUUCCAGCAGUCAAGCCUACAUGGCCAGUUGUCUCAAGACUGUCAUCAUUCAGAAUCCUGCCUCUGGUCCACCUUAAAUCUUCAGGCCCAGCGGCCUGCCCUGGCCUUUGAGUGGUUCUGCUCUUUCAUGGUGGAUUUUAUGCAGACCUCCUGAUACAAACAGCUAUUGCAAACUGGGCCUGGAGAGUUCUGAGGCCUGCACUGUUAACCAUCCCAGAGUUUGGUGUCUGCAGUCUCUUGUCUGGUUGGGAGCAGCUUGGGGGCAGGAAAGGAAUGCUGCUCAACUUGAAUCGCCCUUUACAAGGGCAAGACAUUAAAAAAAAGAGUUGCUGCCAA